AUGCCAGCAACCACGACAGUGUUUUUGUCAUUAACUGUAGAAAUUUCAUCAGCCAAAUUUCUCACUGAAGAACUCACAUGGGCAAUUUUUCGGAUAUUUCGCUUUGUGAUUAUUCCAUGUAUCAGCGUGUUGGGAAUAUUGGGGAAUGUGACCAGCAUUGUCAUACUGACUCGACAGGGAUUCCGGAAAUGUUCCAAUAUACUUCUCUUGUCUUUGGCUGUCUCUGAUGUUCUACUGUUGAUUGGUGCCAACAACGUUCCUUAUUUUAUAUACACUUUCAUUUAUCUUGGAGGCUUCUCUGGAAGUAUAUUUAGCAUUUGUUUUAUAUUGUACUUGAUUUUUGACUGUGCGUAUAUUGUUGGAAUGCUGUCGGCAACCCUCAUCCCAGUUCUUAUUACAGGGGAACGUAUGUUGUCCAUACUUUGCCCAUUGACUGCUCAUUUAUUCUUAACUCCCAGACGUACAGCAGUUGUUGUGUCUUAUGUCUUUUUUGUGAGUGCAGCCUAUUGUUUAUAUCACGAGAUGUUAUGCCAACAGUUACAGAAUGAUGUCCUACAGAACAAAACUGUAGGCAUCAGUCUCCACGCUGAUAUGUUUACAAAUCAUAUCGGAAGCGAACUGUAUCAGAAAAUAACGCGAAUAGCCAACUUCGUAACAGGAAUCAUUUCUAUCAGUCUGGUAACGGCGGGCUGUGUUGUUAUUGGACUCAAAGUUGUACACAUUACCAAGAGACGCCAUCUGAUGAUCUCACAUCGAGCCACAGCCACCACUAAACACGGCAUGACAAAGACAACAAGAACGUUAAUGAAGAUUUGUCUACUCUAUACUGUGUGUUACGGCUGGGCGUUCUCUCUUAUCUACGCUCUGGAGGUUACACUGUUGGAAGAAGGACUGCAUAUUAUGAGUGUGAUGUUUUGUGUUCAGGAUAUGUUACUGUGUUUAAAUUGUGUUGGAGACUUUCUGAUUUACCUCAACUCCACGAAAAGUUUUAGGCAGACCAAGAUCGUUGGUUGA